CGACCGCUCAGUAAGCUCGCGACUGCCGGCGAGACGCACGCCCGCCGCCACACACAGCCGGUUGCUAUGCCCGCGAACAGGUCCGCGGUAUGGCCAGCGGCCUAACCGCGACAUGUUGAAGCAUGCUCAGCGGCCGCCGGCGGCGAACGAUGCCGACCAACGCUAUCAGAACAUGCCUCGGCGGCCGCACCAUCAUUUACCCCUCAACGUCUCCACCUUGGAUUCCUCCAAGCAUUCCGUCGGAGGCACCUCGGCGAGCGUCAGCCCGGGCGGGCAGCCGAACCCGAGCGUGCCCGUCCUGUCUCCCGUUCCUGUCGCGUCUCCGCCAAAGAUAGCCAAUGGAAACGUGAAUGGAGCAAGGACUUCAACGAUCGGGAAAUCGAGGAGCAUCAGAGCGGCGACCGAAGAAGCGCUCACUUCCUUGGCUCUCCUCUGCCUCGUCAGUCUCCUGUUAGCCUUGCUGGCGCUGCUGUUCCUUCUGAAGAUAUCCGCGCCGGCCACGAGUGCUCCCGAAGAGUUCGCGGUUGUGUACGAAGUGACGUUAGCUCUGUGUGCGUUGACGCUCUCUCUGAACCUGUGCUGUCUUCUCGUGUGUGCUAUUCAGUUCCUGUUCGCAGUGAAGCUGGUGCACUCCCCAUCGGCCCCCAACGGAAGGUCAAACAAAUAUCUGCAAAAGUCGGCGAUUACGAGAGUAUGCGCUGUAGGGGGAUUCUUUAUAUCAAUACCUGUGUUUUUAACAGGGAUAAUCCUAUACACAUUCAUCCAGUUCCACUCCACGCCUGCAAUAGUGACGUCAGUGUUCAUCGGAGUCGGCAUCAUUUUCUGCGGCUGCGCAAUGGUACACAACGUCUUCGUGUGGCAGAAGGAGAAGACUAACCUAGUCAAGGCGUUUCGUGCGGACAUGAACACGUCUCAGAAUCAGACGUCCAACGGGAUCGUCAUGAAUGGGCACCUGAACAACAGCGGCGCCGGCAACCUGAGCUUCCACAGGCAAGCGCCUUAUUCGCACCCCAUCACCCUGCUGCAGCAGGGACCCUAUAUUAUUAGACCACCGACGAGCACGCCUCCGGGCGAAGGCGCGGCGACGCCCGGCGUGCCGGCCGCCACCAUCGACCUCAGUCACGACGCGCACGAACUCAGCACUCUUGUCUGAAGCCUUCUGGAUAAGG